CAGGCCUCCACUGAACUCGCCGCUACGUACGCCGCGCUAAUCCUCGCCGACGAUGGCGUUGAGAUUACUUCUGACAAGAUCCUUGCGCUGACCGAGGCGGCGUCCAUCGAGCUCGAGCCAAUCUGGGCGAGCCUUCUCGCCAAAGCCCUCGAGGGCAAGAAUGUGAAGGAGCUCCUCUCAAACGUUGGUGCUGGCGGUGCCGGUCCCGCAGCCGCACCAGCGGCGGGCGGCGCGGCUGCUGGUGGCGCUGCCGCCGAGGCACCCAAAGAGGAGGAGAAGAAGGAGGAGGAGAAGGAGGAGUCCGACGACGACAUGGGCUUCGGUCUCUUCGACUGA